AUGUCGAAAUAUAAUUUAUUUUAUAAUGAAAAUAAUUGUACAAGAGAUGACCGUACAAUAUAUGUUAGAAAUUUAGAUUCUAAAGUUACAAAAGAAAUUCUUUGGGAAUUAUUUUCUCAGGUAGGUAAUGUACAGGAUGUUUUUUUGCCACCCUUAGACAAAGAUAAAAAUGAGGCUCAGUAUGCUUUAGUUUCUUUUAAAACAAUACAUUCACCAAUAUUUGCUUCUGAAAUGAUGAACGGUAUUUCUUUGUAUGGAAAACAAAUAACAGUUCAACCUAAGGGAAAAUCUAUGCAUAGUAAUUUGUUUAUGGAUCUAAGAAAAAAUGGACAAUUAGCUUAUCAGGUUGAGCAGGAUAUGAUGAGAAAUUAUAGGGAUCAACAAUUUUCUAGUAAUUCGAAUAGUGAUUAUAGGAAAUAUGGUAGUAGACAGCGUUCAUAUCGAUAA